AUGUUUAGAACCUCUUUAUUUUCAGCCACUAGAAGCUUUAGCUCUAGCGCUUUCCGUUUACAAAACAGUGCGUUUUUCGAUGAGUUUGCCGUCAUUUUGAAGACUGAUUUGAAGAAGAGCAUGCUCGCAAAGGAUAAUGCUAAAAAAGAAACUGUCAAGAUGCUCCGUUCAGAAUUGAAGAACUUUGAAAUUGACAGCAAGGGAAAAGAAAAUAAUGAAUUCGGGAUUUCCAAGGUCAUUAAUAAAAUGAUGAAAACCAGAAAAAACAGUAUUGAAGAAUAUUCCAAGCUUGAAAGACAAGAUUUGGUAGAACAUGAAACUGCCCAAUUGAAAUGCUUGCAAGCCUACCUUGUGCAACUUCCAAUUGCCAGCGAAGAUGAAGUCAUCAGUAAGAUCACCAAGUUAUUGGAAGAUAAAAAAUCCAGUUUGAAAGAAGAUGAAAAGAUGCCUCUUGCUGCUGUAAUUGCCAAAGAAUUGGAUUUCAAAACUUUGUCUGAACAAUGGAAAACUUCUGAAAAAGAUAUCAGAAAGAACUUGUUUAUGGUUUACAAACAAUUGAAGCUCUAA